GACCUGGAGGCUGCUAUGAGUCAGAGUCGACUUGAUGGCAGAGCAGUCGAGCUCUCCCGGUGCCACCCCAUCGCAUCCUGGCUCUGUGCCAUGCUGCACUGCUUCGGGAGCUACAUCCUGGCCGACCUCCUGCUCGGGGAGCCGCUCAUCGACUACUUCAGCAACAACUCCAGCGUCCUGCUGGCCUCCGCUGUCUGGUACCUGAUCUUCUUCUGCCCACUGGACCUCUUCUACAAGUGCGUCUGCUUCCUGCCCGUCAAGCUCAUCUUCGUGGCCAUGAAGGAGGUGGUGAGGGUCCGCAAGAUCGCCGUGGGCAUCCACCACGCCCACCAUCACUAUCACCAUGGGUGGCUCCUUCAGACGUCCCUGCCCGCAGGCUCGGGAGUCGCCCUCAUGUCCAACGUGGAGCAGCUGCUCCGAGGCGUCUGGAAACCGGAGACCAAUGAGCUCCUGCACAUGUCCUUCCCCACCAAAGCCAGCCUGUACGGAGCCGUGCUCUUCACCCUCCAGCAGACUCGCUGGCUGCCCGUCUCCAAAGCCACCCUCAUCUUCAUCUUCACCAUGUUCCUGGUGUCCUGCAAGGUGUUCCUGACGGCCACCCACUCCCAUGGCUCCCCCUUCGACGUCCUGGAGAGCUACGUCUGUCCCGUGCUGUUUGGGGCCACCUUGGGGGCUGACCAUCACCAUGACAACCACGGAGGCCACAGCGGGGCCCAAGCUGGCAGCCCGGGCGCCGCACACUCACCCCUGCACCCCAAGCUCAAGGAGGAGCUGAGCGAGGGGUCCAGAAAGAAGAAGGCGAAGAAGACGGAUUAGGGGGUGGGGGC